AUGAUGGAAAGGAUAAGAAAAGAGAUGAUUCUGAUGGAAAGAGGGUUGCACAGCCCAACCACAGGCAAAAGGAUUUCCAAUUUAUCCGACUCAGCUGGCAAUGCAGUUUUGGAGGCCCUGGACAAUUCACAUCACACAGCUCGCCUGAGCCCCAGACUAACUUCCACCUCUUUGCACGGAUCCAUAGGGGACAUCCCCACCAAGGGCAAAUUUGAAAUAGAUACUUUGUUUAGCAUCCCUCACCCCAACAGUGAGAGCAACAGCGUUUCUGAUAUAUCUGGGCCAGAAAGGGUGAAGAAGUCCAGUCAGUAUUCUGAAGUGGUCCCAGACUCAGAUAUGAGCAGUGAUGUGGAGGUGGGGUGUUCAAACCUGCGCUCCCCAACAAGUCUCAGAGAUACCCAGCUGAAGGACAAAGGUACCUAUCCCUCUCUAUACCCCUUCUUGACAUACAGAGGUAACUUACAUUUUUAUUUGAGUUUAUUUUUAUUUUUAAUAUGGUUACUGUAAUCUUUGCAUUUGUAUUUUAUUUUUAAAAGUUGUUUUUUUUUGUUUUUAAUUUUUAUUUUUUUUGAAACGUAAAAUAGCAGAUAGUUAAAAUACACGUGUGGCUAACACAUAUAUUUGCAUGACAAACUAAUUCCCAAUAAUUUAAACAGUACUGGCUUGAGUGCAUUGUGAACAAAUGUAUAAACGAAGGUUUUUUUUUUGUUUUUUUUAAAAAUAUUUUGUAAAUAUGUGUUUUAUUUAUAUACACACACUACUCAUAAAUAGUAUGCAAUAAAAAUAUAGAAUUAAACCAAAAUAAAAAUGCAAAAUAUUGUCAUAUAGAGUAGUUAUGAGUUACUGUUCAGCUCUAAUAAAAAUAUACAUUACAGAGAUAUGUAUUAACACGUUUUUAAAAGUACAUAUUAUUUAUACUCUGCUAUAGAGAUAUACUUAAAAAAAAACAAAAAACUAUACAUUGUGUUCAUUAUAUCUACCAUGUGCUAUUUAAGAGAAAUCUAUUUAUUCUGGAACUUCAUGUAACACAAACGAUUCCAUGAAAAGAACGUUAAGCAUAAGAUGCAGCCUUUAACUUGAAGUCAUUUCAUUAUUAGGCGAUUUAGAAAAGGAGUAUCGAUUAUUUUUAGCAUCAGCAGUUCGAAUCAAUGAUGUUUGGUGGAGAAUCAAUCGCUGGUGUAUCGGUAUACAUUUUCGUGUGUAUUUUGAAUGUGUGAUACCUAGGGAAUCUGAUAUCACAGUUUGCACUCACAGUGUUGAAAUGGUUGGGCUGUGCUCCCUCCUAACUUGCAGUGCACCCAGACAUAAAUGGCAGUGUACACUCAGAGUGAUAAAAUGUUAUUCAAUUCAAAACAAAAACAAAUAUCAAGCAUCUGAAACAUGCAGAGACAAUAGAUAACAGUCAUAAAAAUACAUAACGGUCCUUUAUAUCAUUUUUGAGUAUUAUAUACAGUAGUAAUAGUGCUAAGCCAGCCAGGCUUAGUACUAGUACUACUGUAUAUAAUACUCAAAAAAAUAAAGUAUUGCUCCACAAGUAUUAUUUUAUGUUUUAAACCAUUACAUGUUUUAGUAGAAUUUUGGGAAUAUUUAGAGCCCACACCAAGUAAUAUUCAGUCUAAGGAUGGACAGGGUUCUGUGGCAUGCUGACAAGGUUUGUCCCUGCUUGUGUGCUUGCAGACAGUGGAUCAGUGGCCAGUACGACCAGCUCCUCUGGAUCUGGGUUAAACAGCCUUAACAGCAGUAGUAACCCCGUUGGGAGUUCGAGCUCUGCUGCUGACCAGGUGCGUCGUUACCGGACUGCAUUCACCCGGGAGCAGAUAGCAAGGCUUGAAAAGGAAUUCUACCGAGAGAACUACGUGUCUCGUCCCCGGAGAUGUGAAUUGGCUGCCGCCCUAAACCUCCCAGAGACAACCAUUAAGGUAGGACAAUAUGUACGGAGGGUGUUCUGUGCUGGCCCUCACACUGCCACAAGCCUGUCUCUCCCUAGGGAAACUCCAUAUUGAUAUCACUCAAUGUAUACACUGCGAUAAAAUAAACCCUGUAAAACUCUUAGAGAGUGGUGGGUAUAUAAUCUGGGGCAAGAUUCUAAGAAUGGUCAAAUCAGCAACAUUCCAUUGGUUACCAAGGUGAUUGCUUACUUUUAGAAUGUUGACCCUGAAUUAGUCUCCAUACAUAAACACCUGAAGGUUAGAAUAAUUCCAUCAUUAUGGAAUAUUGAGCGGCUUGAAUUUAUUUUGGAAGUUAGUGAGUGUUAGCUACAAGGCUGUAACAUGAGUCAAAUUAACCCUUUGGAUGGCAGAGGUGCAUUUAAAACAAUACGAGGUUUGCUUACUGCCCAAUUAGGUUGGAAUGGUUAACAUGUGCUUGAAAACUUCUUGUUUAAAAAAAAAUAAUAAUAAAAAAAUAAAAAUAUAUAUUUAACAGUAAAUGCAUUUUAAUAUAGGUUCAAUACAAAGGUCCAGCAUUACAGCUUUGAACACUGUGUCUCAAUUGAUACAGUUUUUCUCCACUAUUACCAGUAUUAUGGCUGAUACUUUAUCGCUGUUUAUUUUAUUAAAAUAAACACCAUUAAGCUAGGACAGGUCAUUUAAAAGCAAGCUUUCAAAGUUUGUAGAAUUGGGGAUAACAACUGUUUUGUAUCGCACAUCCUAUAUGACCAGAAUUAUUUGUUCUACUGGAAAAUUAAAUUAAACAAAAAAUACUGUAUAUCUCGAAGGGAAAUGCAAGAUUUUAUUUUAGAUUUUUGUGAAUUGAAAUAAACAAAUCGCAGCAUUUAGUGUAAGCUAAGCAGUCCCUACCGAAUCUUUUUAAUAAAUUCAAAUCCGUAAGUAUGAUACAUAGAUGAAUUAGAGUGUAACGUUUAAAGUAAAACUCCUUGUGAAUUUCAGCCUUAAAACAUUGCAUGGCUUAGAUAGGCUGCCAGGAAACCUGGGUUUAUUUACUAAACUGCGGAUUGCAGCGAGCUGACAACCUGCACAAUUUAGGCCAAAAUAGGAGGAUUUUAGUGUUUUUGUUUCCCCAAACAUGCUUAUUAAGGCCUAAAUUUUGCAAGUGAUUUGUGUACUCGAGUCUGUUCACUGUUUAGUAAAUAAACCCCUUAAUAUUCUCAAAUAUAUAACCUAUUAAAUAAUAUUCACGAACUCGGCUACUUAUUAAAUAUGAGGCUGCACUUAUUGGUUUAAGUAUAUUUCAGUUACUACAAUUUAAAUCGCUUUGUAAAAUAAAAACAAAAUAAAAAACAAACAAACAAAAAAUACUUAUUUUGCAUUCACUGAUUUUAUGUUAUACUUCCAUAAACCGAUGUUAAAAAAUAACGUCAAAAUACUACUAACAAGUGCUAAGAUAUUCACAUUUAUUCUAGAAGCGCUGUUUGAUGACGUAUUAUAAAAUCACAUUUUUAUUUAUUAAAAAAAAAAAAACAAUAAAAUGUUAUUCUCAAUAUUCCCCAGUUGUAUUACCUUUUGCUGAAAUAUCUGUGCUGUUGAAAUUAUUUGAUCUGAAAUAUCAGUGCUGUCAGAAUGCUUCUAUUAUUAUCUUUAUAAAUGUAGCAGGAUGUGUUUUGAAAAAAAUCUGAAGAAAUCAUAAUGAUGCAAUCGAAAACGCAGUAAUGUUUUAUAUUCAAUUAGAUUUACAAUUAUUAAAAAAAACAGCUAAAAGAUACUGGGGUUCAAUAUCUAUCAAUCUAUCUAAUCACCAGGAAACAUAUUUUAUAAUAUUAUAUGUAUACAAAAAUAAAAUAUUUUUCCUGGUGAUAAGAUAACAAGUGACUGGGUGUAGUGACAGGGCUGAGAUAUUGCUCCUGGUGUGGUUUUGCAGAAGCUGAUGCACUUCCUUUUCACACGUUGCUUUGGCCAGUAUAUAUAAAAAUGUUAAAUUAAUGGAAAAUAAAAACCAGCUCGGGAUAGCCUGCUAGAAAUCCACGUCGGAUUCUGUUCAAUUGAGUAAUUAUAAUAAAUAAAUAAAUAAAUAAAUAAAGUUAGUAUAAUAUUUGUACCGGUUUAAUUAAGCCAUGAGUUGUUGUUGUUGUUUUUUUUUUUUUUAAUAAGCGCAUAUAUUAUCUGUAAAUAUGAGCCUUUACCUUGUUUUACUAUAAAUAUAUAUACAAUCUGUGUAGUGGAGCUGUGAGCAUGUUGUUUUAGUAUGUAUUUUUAUUAUUUCACAUUUUAUUAUUAUUAUUGUAUUAUUGUUUAUUAUAGUACUCUGCCCAUGCAGUAAUGAUUAUUAUUUUAUUAUUAUUAUUAUUUUAUUGUUUAUUAUAGUGCUCUGCCCAUGUAUUAAUGAUUAUUAUUUUAUUAUUAUUAUUUUAUUAUUGUUUAUUAUAGUGCUCUGCCCAUGCAAUAAUGAUGAUUAUUUUAUUACUUUUCACUAAUUAUUAUUAUUUUUUUAUUAUUAUUCCGGGCUCCAGGUGUGGUUCCAGAACCGCAGGAUGAAGGAUAAAAGACAACGUUUAGCCAUGUCCUGGCCUCACCCGGCGGACCCCAGUUUCUACACCUACAUGAUGACCCACGCUGCGGCCACCGGGAGCCUUCCUUACCCCUUCCACUCACACGUCCCUCUGCACUACUAUCCCCACGUGGGGGUGACGGCGGCAGCGGCGGCCGCGGCGGCUUCUGGGGCAGCGGCGGCCGCAGCGUCUCCCUUCGCCACCUCCAUCCGACCUCUGGACACCUUCCGCGCCCUCUCACACCCCUACUCCCGGCCGGAACUACUUUGCAGCUUCAGACAUCCGGGCCUUUACCAGUCCCCCGGGAUUAACAGCAGCGCUGCGGCCGCCGCAGCAGCUGCCGCAGCGGCAGCAGCCUCCGCACCCGGCAGCACGCCGUGCUCCUGCCUCAGUUGUCAUAGCAACCAGACGGCGUCCGCGCUGAGCUCUGCCGGCAGGGGCUCCGAGUUCACAUGUACCGCGGCCUCCCAGAGAUCAGAGAGCAGCUUCCUGCCCUACUCCGCGGCCGUCCUCAGCAAGACCUCCGUCACCCCCCCGGACCAGAGAGAGGGGACCCCCCUGACCAGAUAACUGCACCCCAAAACUGGACCCCUCUAACCAGCUAACUGCAC